UCUUCACCUCUCUUCGCUGAGCUCUGCACCGGAGGCUACCCCUCGCGCCUUAGACCGACGCCAUGAAGAUCAAGGAUGCCAAAAAACCCUCUUUCCCAUGGUUUGGCAUGGACAUUGGAGGAACGCUAGUAAAGCUCUCAUAUUUUGAACCUAUUGAUAUCACAGCAGAGGAAGAACAAGAGGAAGUUGAGAGCUUAAAAAGUAUUCGGAAAUAUUUGACUUCUAAUGUAGCAUAUGGAUCUACUGGCAUUCGGGAUGUACAUCUUGAACUGAAGGAUUUAACACUUUUUGGACGAAGAGGAAACUUGCACUUUAUCAGAUUUCCAACCCAGGACCUGCCUACUUUUAUCCAAAUGGGGAGAGAUAAAAAUUUCUCAACCUUACAAACGGUGCUGAGUGCUACAGGAGGUGGUGCUUACAAGUUUGAGAAAGAUUUUCGCACAAUUGGAAACCUCCACCUGCACAAACUGGAUGAACUUGACUGCCUUGUAAAGGGCUUGCUGUACAUAGAUUCUGUCAGUUUCAAUGGGCAAGCAGAAUGCUAUUAUUUUGCUAAUGCCUCAGAACCUGAGCGAUGCCAAAAGAUGCCUUUUAACCUGGAUGAUCCUUAUCCACUGCUGGUGGUGAAUAUUGGCUCAGGAGUCAGUAUUUUAGCAGUCCAUUCCAAAGACAACUAUAAAAGAGUGACUGGGACAAGCCUUGGAGGGGGCACCUUUCUUGGUUUAUGCAGUUUAUUGACUGGCUGUGAGAGCUUUGAAGAGGCUCUGGAGAUGGCAUCCAAAGGUGACAGCACCCAAGCUGAUAGACUGGUCCGAGAUAUUUACGGAGGAGACUAUGAGAGAUUUGGUCUGCCAGGUUGGGCUGUGGCAUCUAGUUUUGGUAAUAUGAUUUAUAAGGAAAAACGAGAAGCUGUUAGUAAAGAGGAUCUGGCAAGAGCUACUUUAGUGACUAUCACCAAUAACAUUGGAUCCGUGGCUCGAAUGUGUGCUGUUAAUGAGAAAAUAAAUCGAGUUGUCUUCGUUGGAAACUUUUUACGUGUCAAUACUCUCUCUAUGAAACUUCUGGCAUAUGCUUUGGAUUACUGGUCAAAGGGUCAAUUGAAAGCAUUGUUUCUAGAACAUGAGGGAUACUUUGGAGCUGUCGGUGCACUUCUUGGACUGCCAAAUUUCAGCUGAAACAUCAGAGAUCUUCACUAAGAAAUGUCAUCCAGGAGGAACUGAUCCAGAAACUGCAUUCACUAUUUGUCAUUGGGAACCAAAGUAUAAAAACUCCGAUAUUUGUAUGCAUUUUAAGUGUCAGAGCAGUGAGCUCGUGGGCUUUGCCGCAUGGAAAGACCUACAACGGGAAGUGGGAAGUGUCCCUCGUUGAUGUCCCCGUAUGUGCAGGCGCCAGUGUCCCAUCUUAGAUGCACUGCAGCCUCUCGGUUGCUGAGCUUCCCUCCAUGAUCUCCUAUUGAUUUGAUGCAGCCAACAUUGUAGUACUGUGUACUCCGACACAAAUCUUAAAAUCUCAGAAGUGUUUGUUUAUGCAAAAUAAUCAAUUCUAAAUAUUUGUUUGAGUCUGUUUCAUGUAUGCUUGGUUACUAGUGAGCAGGAAGUAACACUCUCAUGAUUUAUUGUACUGGCAAUCAAAGAUCAUUUCUGUGACUGAGAAAUGUUAAGGCAAUAUUAAGUAUUAACUGUGGUAGUUUUAUAACAUAUCCUCAGAAAAGCAUGUCAACAUGACCUCUGCUCAUAAGUACAGUUUUCUCUCACAUGAUGAGUUGAAUACUGUGCUUAAACAUGAACCUGAAUUUUUCUAUUGAAUCCCUAAAGUUUUUGCACAUAUUUGGUGGCGCUACAGUUUCUUUGUCUCAUGCAUUAAUCAGUAUAUGUGUUAAAAUGUUUACUGUUUUUAAAAUUGAGGGCAUAAUCACAUACUUUGGAGUUUAUCAAAUUAAUUAAGUCCUUGGACUGUUCAAAUGGAAUAUGGUUAGAGUGAGUGGCAUUCUGUGCUCUUUCUCUACCAUGUAUAUCUCAGGCCCAAACGUGCAUUUCUUUCUUCUUCUCGUUAGAUCCGAACUAUGGAAGCUGAUUUUUAUCCUGCCAUAAGCAGUAGUAGCAAUGAACAGAAUCAGAUGCUGUCUAAAAGAAGGUUUUGGAAUUACGUGACUCUGGGGCAGUGCUGCUGAAUUACAAAUGGAUCAAUGUUUAUGGGUUUUGGUCAUAAAAGCAGUGCAGAUGCAGAAUUUGUCUUUCUGCUUUGAAUUUAUUCUUAGGUUUGAAUUCCUGUUUUUUAUGUUAAAAUCUCUCAGAUUUUAUAUAGACAGUAACAUUUUGGAUGCCAUUAGUUCUAGAAAGUUGAGUCUAUGAGGGAAAUGGAUCUGUAUUAAUUUCCAAUAUUUCUGGAAAUAGCCUUAAAGAGGUUAGAGAUUGUUUACAUUUCAAAGAAUAUUUCAGUGUAGUUUCUGAAACCCCAGUGUUGACAGUUUCCAGCAAACUGUCAAGAGGCGCUUGGUAAAGACGGGUCUCUGGAGCCAGGGGUUGUGGUUAUGCUUUAAUCUCUGUACUCGGCAGACAGAGGCAGGCAAAUCUCUUGAGUUAAAGGCCAGUCUGGGCCACAGAGUGAGUUCCAGGACAUCCAGGGCCACAUAGGGAAACCCUGUUUCCAGGGUAAAAAAGACAGGUCUGUGUGUAGUUUAUGUGCAAGUAUUUAAGAUUCCGUUUUCUUUACCUAAAAAUACAAACAUACAAAUAGUAUCUGGGGAGGGACUCCAUGACAGUAGUGUUCGCCCAAUAGACUGCUAGGAACCUUGCAGUCAGUCCAUUCGGUAAACAUUUUAGGUCUACAGUGAUGUCAGCCAGUAUUUGCGUGCAGAUCGGUGGCCACUAGUUCCAGGUGGAAUGCUACUGCUUCCUUGUUUUAAAGGUUUUUGACUUGAGUGUGAAGUUAGAAUAAUUGAGUGAUAGAAACUGUAGGUCAGCAACUGUAGGUUUAGGGUUGUCUUUAAGGAUUGAAUAGUACUCACGUUAAUGAUCACUUUGCUUUGGUUUAUAUAGAACUAACAUUUUGCCAUUUGGAACUGAAAUUAACUACUAAGAUCCAUGUAAAGUGAGCCAACUAGGUCAUACAUUUACCUUUCUUCAAGUGUAAUCUGUAAUUACUGAACUUAAUAAGAACACAGAAUCAUAACUGAUAAAGGCUGACAAGAUUCUGAUCUAGUCUAUAUUGCUCUUAAGAAAUUCCCAGUAUGCAUGCUGUCCUAAGUGGAGGUUGCUUCUAGUAUCAAUCAAACUAAUUAAAGGUCUGUGUUCUUAAACAGUGCCAUUUAAUAGAUAAAGUGUAAACUAUAAUUUUAUAUUUUCUAGUAAACGCAUUAAAAGCUAACAAGAAAUAGGUGAAGGUCAUUUUAGUACUUUUAAUUUACCAGUAUAUCUAAUGUGUUAUUUCAGUGUGAAAUUGGCACAAAAAAUUAAAUGGGAGAUGUGUUUUGCCCUCUUUUAUGUUGUUUAUAUUAUUACUCAGUUGAUAUGUAUUUUAUACUUAAUAACACAUUUCAGUUUUGGACUGACCACCUUUCAGCUUUCACAGCCACAUGUACAGUUUUUCUAAAGCUACUUUGUUUUGUUUUUGCCUGAGCCAGCCUCCAGUGCAUAGCACUGGUGGCCAGUACCUGGCCAUGUGACCAGCCAAGCCCUGAGCUCAAAAAACAUCUACCUGCCCCUGCCCCUGCCCCUGCCCCCGCAUGCGGAGAUUAAAGGUCUGCUAGAAGUACUUGCAAGAGAGCACUAUUGUGUGUCUGUGAACAUGGGCCAAAGAAGGAGGUGGGGAAAGAAUGAUAACUUUUUUAAAAAUAAAGACAAGACCAUUAUUUGGGCCAGUUUAUUUUACACAGAUAAGCUGUUACUGACUAUUCCAAAAAUAGUGUAUAUUGUCAUCAUGCCAUCUCUUGUGCAGUGUAUGGGAUACUUCUAAUAAAUGAUACUGAUAAAAUGAUCGAUAACGCAUCCUAGUAGUUAGCAAUUUCCACACUACUGUAUUUCCUUCAUGGAAGCAAAAUUAAUUCCAGGGACUUAAAGUUUCUGAGUUUUGUGCAGUUAAUUUUGAAAAAACCAAGAGACACUUUUUAUCUCACUGUACAUACAAAGAGUCUUUAUAGAAAUUUCAAAUGCUAAGAGCAUCGUCAGCCAUGGUUUUGGUGGUAAAACACGCACACAAAUCUAAAACACCACCUAUCCCCAAAAAGGUUGCCUUUUAACUAGACCUCUCCAGGCAUCUGUAUAUACACCGGCCACAGCAUACCUUCCUCAGCUACUCUGAGUAGGUGGGGCUGUAGAGGAUUUCUCUUUUGGUUAAAGUCAUUGCCAAGGCUAGGCCAGUAAUACCCAUGAUAAUUGAAAGCCAGCCCCCUGAAGGGAUCCUCAUUAUUUGCAAAUCCUGGACUCUUCAGAAGCUCUAAAUGGAUGGUGCCCUCGAAUGCAUGUGCUCCCUGCUUGUUAGGUGCCCAUUCCUAAGGACAGUGCUGCUUUGUGGGUUACAUUCUUGAGGGAGAAAAGAUCAUCUGGCUACAGUUUCUAAAUAUCCUUUAUAAAACUACUUUGUUAGAAACAAAGUUCUUAUUUAGUUUGUCUAUCUUCUUUUGUUGAGCACUUUAUGUUUGUUAGUGUUUUGCAUUCUCAAAUAUAGUUCAGAAAUUCUAGGCUAUGUAAAGUGUUGAUAAAGCGUAAUGAAAAUUCGUGGACAUGGAGUUCAACUGCAGUUCUGUGCUGGAUGUAAACCAAUAAUGGAAAUACUUUUUAUCUGAGAUGAUUGCCUCUAAAUGUCUCUGCUAUCUUUUCCCACCUAAGCCCUGAGUGCACUUCAUUCUGACAGCAGUGCAGGCCUGCUAGCUUCUACCGUGUCACCAGUUAAUCUCUUGUUUGGUUUUUGCUUUUUGAGACUGUGUCUUUCUAUGUAGUCCUGACUGUCCUGGAACUUUUGUCAUGUAGACCAGGUGGCCUCAAACUCAGCCCCCUCCUCUGCUUCCCAAGGGCUGGUAAUAAAAGAAUGAGCCGCCACAUCCGGCCUGCAUCACAGAAUUUUUGUUUUAUAAUCUAACAGGAAUUGUCUCACAGUAUCAGUCAUAUAAUGAUGUAAUCUUUUUUCCUUUGAAGUAUUAUGAUGACCAGUUCAAUACAGCAUGAAGAGUGUCCCAAGUUUGUGCUGUCUUUUAUCCUACUUGCAAAAUUAAAAUACUCCCCAUUGGGCACACUGUGCUGUCUUACAUAUUCAGUACAUGGAAUUCUGUUUUGAUACAAUGUUUUACAGUGUUCUGGUCAUUGGCCUAGCUUCUUCAAGUGUUCUCUUUGUUAACCAGAAAUUUGGUGGCCACCAUGGGAAAUGACACCAUUGCUAGGAGCCUGAGUGAAACCCUUGCUCCAUUCCUGGCAGCGCUUAAGAUGACUUACACAUUUCAGAUGCUAUUAAUGUUCUAGAGUUAAUUUUAGUGUUUUAUAGUAAUAAUUUAAUAAUUUCUCCGCCUUUCACUAGUAUGUGUUGAUAAAUACUUUCAAAACCAGAAAAAAAGAAUUACUCUCUCACUGCUGCCUGUGGUAAAUAUUGGAAAGUAUAUGUGUACAUUCAUGUGUAACGUCUUGAAUUUUAGCUGUUAACCUCAAAAUUAUAUAGGGAUUGUUACUACUCUGCAUUUGUGUAAGAAGAAAAUGUCCCUCUAAAUUCAGAGAAGUGUAUCUGGAAUUUUAGUAGCCCCUCUCUUUGACCUGUUUUUAUUUCUAAUCAUUGUGUAUGGUCACAGGUGGGGGCGAAUACAGAGCUCUUCUGAAAUUAUUGUAUUUGUCUGACAUGUUGCAGCAACAUUUACAAAAUGAAAGUGGAAUCACCUGCCCGCCCGCCCGCCGGUCGGAAUGGAUUACAGUCCUACCUACUAAUAAGGCAGGUAGCCGACCUUAAGAUCUCUUCUGAGCUGAGUGGAGCAACCUGUGUCUGACAGCACUGUCCUAAAGUCAGGGCGGGCUGACGCUGGAAUCCUGCUGCUGGGGAUCUGAUCUUAGUUCACAAACGAGUCUGUCUUCUAAACAGUUUUGGCUUAUAGAUUCUUUUUUCUGCAGCUGCUGUUAAUUUAAUCUUUAGAGACCUGGUAAAGGAUGUAACGUAACAGAAUGCGUUUUCACUUUUACAUAACCUUAAAGUACCACAAGUGAUGUAAGACAGUUUGGGAUUGCAGUUGUCUUGGCUCUGAGUGUCAUUGUGACUAGCUGUCCACAAGACGUCACAGUGGCUCAUUCAGUACUUAAUUAACCCUGCUAAGCCAUUUGGAAAGUGGCCAGUUUUUUUUUUCCUGAAUGAUGCCUUAGAGUUGACAGCAUUUAGAAGGAAAAAUAACUUUAUAAAAUCUAACGCUCAUGCUGUAGUGUUCAUUCCUACCUAUAAUCUCUAGUCCCUGCAGUGAGAAGUUCGGAUACUUGGUCACAGUUACCCACUGUGUUUGAGUUAAGUGAACUGGCAUUUUAACUGAAGUGAAAGGCAAGUUUCUUCUUAACUCUGCCCAGUUGUGAAGAAGUCAUUCCUUCCUAGGUGUUUCUGUCCCGGCUUAGAGCAUCUGUUACUUAAACCUGUCACUCCAGUGCAAGUUGCCUUACUCUGUUAGCUGCAUUCUUCCUGUCAGGUCCGAGCUUGGUUUAUGUUUAGAUUCUUCUAAUAUUAUUAAAUCUUAUGUAAAAAUGUAUGAGGUACUACAAACUUUAUGCAUAAUAAGACUAAGUUAUAGCCUAUUGUAACCUAUAAAACACUUGUUGUAAAUUAUCUAAUUUAUUUUUCCAUUUAUGUACAGUUUCUUAUUGUAAAUUGAAAAAUGUUUGUUGUGCCCUCCUCUGUAAACAUUCCCUUAAUGCUUAUUUGCAUGAAAGAAUGUUGGGUUCUACUCAUUUGUACUAUGUAGCUGUAAGCUGGGUUUGGGUGUCUACCUUUUCUGUAGUUUCUAACUUUUUUAAUUUGUUAAUAUUCUAAAUAAGUGUUAGAAUCAUGCUUUUUAUACCCUACUUUCCAAAUAAAUCCUCUUCUUUACUA